AAACACUUUCGUUGGCUAUUUUAAUUUCCGUUUCCAGACCGUCCAGCCGCCGACCGAAAACUGGAAAAUCACGUUUCGUGUUCUCUCCUCUCCACUACCUUCCUUCAUACCUUCGGUUUUACUAUUUUACUUUUUACAUGUAGAUUUUUAUGUUUGUGAAUGUGUUAAUUUGUCUAUUUUUCUAUUUCAAUUUUAAUUAGUUUUAUAAUUUUACAAUAAUAUUCUUAAUUCUGAGAAUAAUUUUAUGAAUAUGUUGUAAUCGGUGCGAUUCCACCGUCACUGGAUUUUUAAUAAAUUUGUAUUCGAGGUGUACGAUUUUAAAAUAAUCCCAUACCGAUGACGUUCGUAAAUGAUUUCGAUGGUUGGGAUCCGCUAACCGAACAUUAUAACGACGAAAGUAGUAAGAAAUACCUUUCCGGAGCCGGAGCCAAGAUGCAGUCAGCUGACUCUGGACAAGACAAUAACAGAUACGUUCUUUGGGUUCACCCUUUGGAUAGUCGACAUACCGAAGAUUCUUUGAAAAACAUUUUUUCGCAUUACGGAGAAGUGAUCGAUGUACGUAUUAUAUACCCGAGGGACGGCAACAUUCAAGAUAGACAAGUGUACGGAUUUGUUACGUUUAAAUCUCAAGGUGCGGCGACCAACGCUGUCAGAGGAUUCAACGACAGCGAUAAAUUCGAUUUCAAAGUCAGUUUUUCAAAUAGUAACAGAGACCGAAGUUAUCGUAACAGAAAUCAGGGUAACAGUUCUCGAAACUAUAACGAUUCCGGUCCGCCCAACCGAACGAAUAGAGAUCGACCUCAGUAUUCUUCGAAUGACGAGCACGUCUCUAAUGUGAACGGUAAAGAAGACCGAAAUUCUCGGACUACAACUUGCGAGCCUGAUUUUGAUUUCAAGACUAAAGAUAGAUCGAGGCAUUCGACUACUAAUCGCGAAUCUGUUGAUAAUUUCUCGGACAAUUCUAAGAAACCAUCUUUGGAUCAGAAUGUCAGUUACAAUAGACCACGUGAUAACGUAAAGUCUAGUCCUCGACUACCUUCCACCGGAUCUCCGUCAACAUCUAGUUCGUGUAACGCUAAUAAUAGAACUGUCGCAACAGAACAUAACAAUAUGGAGACCGCUGUUGUGUCGAUUAAGACUGAAACGCCGUGUACGACUUCGUUCAUCAAGCCGGGCAAAUGUUGCUUUUGCUCGAAGAAAACAUUCAACGUUUGUAAAGAAUGUAGGCAAAAUUUUUGUCACGCUCAGUGCUCCUUGGAUGGUUGGAGACUUCAUACCGGCGAUGAAUGUAUUAAAGUGGCGGAACUGAUUUAUUUCGAGGGGUCGGAUUCGAGAAACACCAGCGUCGAUAUCGCCCAAAAUGCUAGUCUUACAAACAGUUCAACUCCGAAAACAGAUUCAAAACCUGUAUACGCCAGCGAUUUCAAUUCACCGGCUACGGAAUACAAAGAAUUUACGAAUUUAGCCCGAGACUAUACCACUAAGGCCAAUGUAACUUUCGAGGAUACGCCGCCUAAGAUACCGAUAAUCGAGCCCGUAGUCGAUAAUAAUUACGACGAUAAUUCUGUCAAAGAACCAGUUGCUUCCAAUGGUGUACAGCAAGAUCAGCCACCAGCUUACCAGCAAACAACGCCGCAUACCCAUAAAGAAAUGGGCAAUGAUCAAGAACGCAACAAACACGACGACAGAAACGGUGCUUCGAAUAAUUACGAUCGUAACGGUGGCAAAAAUUUCAGACCUCGUGAUAAUAGAGACGGAGCUAACGAUAACGAUAGAAGCUCCGGCGAUGCCAGAAAUUUUUCCAGUAAUGCGAAUCGCAGCUACGAACGUAAACCGUAUGACAACGCGCCAGAUUCCGAAAGAAACGGCGGUGGUAACAGGAAUUACUCUCGGGAUUCGAAUCGUGAUCGCGACGGAUAUUCGGGUCCCGAUCGUAGAAGAAAUUUCAACGAUAGACCUUAUCGAAGAAGUAACGAUAUGGUCGAUAACGCUUCUAGUCCCGAUGGAGCGACGAAACCGUAUCGUGGCAGUUACCAGAAUGAUCGAAAUGACGCGGCCGAUCACAACGGCGACUAUGACGGUGGUGCUAAACCUCGGGGUGGUUAUCAGAAUAGAUAUAACGCUCAAGGUAGAAACGGCGGUUACCCGAAUUAUAACGAAAACAAUGUUAAUUUUAAGGGAAACACUUCUUUCGAUAGAGAUUCCAGGAAACAGGCGCCUUUGCCGAAUGAAGUGAAACAGUUGGAACCGAAUAAAAUAUUCAAUGUUACGAUUGUAUCGAUUAAUCAAGCUAUGGGAUCGUGUUAUGUACGAAUUGCCGACAACGAAGGCAUUUUCCAGAACAUGUCGAAAAGUCUCAACAGUGAACAUUUUACGCCAUUACGUGACUUUGGCGCUAAAACUAAAUGUGUGGCUUUGUAUAAAAACGUUUGGCAUCGAGGUAUUGUACAAAGUACUAAUCCGCUACGUUUCUAUCUCAUCGAUGUCGGAGUCGAAUCACAAGUCGACGAACAAAGCCUUCGAAGUAUUCCAACUGCUUAUGUCCAAUAUCGUCCAUUUGCUUGGCACGUUACGCUUGCAAACGUACCGCAUGAAGAUUUAACUCAAUGGCUCUCCGAAAAUAAACUCAUCUCCAUUAAAGCUACGUGUAUGAAUCAGGCGAAACGAUGCUUCGAAGCCGAAGUAGUACCUUUCGAACAGAAAGUGGCUGAAGCACGAAAAGAAUGUGAUGAAGAGCAACGAUCGCCGGCAUCUUUGCCAAAAACACCGACGACUGCUCCAGUCCCGCCACCAGCAGCCCCGGUUCCAUCGCCAGCAGCACGUGUUGAAUCAAAACCGAAAGAUACCGGCGAAACUCUCCAACAAGGAGUACCGUCAGAGGUCAUCGUUACGUUUCUCAAAAGCGAGAAUGAAUUCUUCGUCGCGGUUAAAAACCCGUUAAUAGAAUUGAGUGAAAAAUUAGCCGGCGAAGAUAUUGCAUCGUUGUCGCCGUUCAUUGAUUUUCAAGAUGGCGGUUUGGCUAUGGCGCAAUUUUUGGGCGAUUGGUAUCGUGUUAAAGUUCUAGGUAGAAGUCCUGUCAAAGUGCAAGUCUAUUUCAUCGAUUACGGAAACAAAGAAGUAUGCGAAGCUAAAACGUUGAAAGCAUUGCCGGAUUCCUAUAAAACUAUUCCUCCUUUGGCGAUUGAAGUGAAACUCUAUCGUGGAACACUUGCCGCCGAAAAUGUAACUGAUAAUGCGCUGAUUACGAUUACACCGCUGAAAAUGGAAAACGAUUCAACUUGGUUGGUAGCGGUAGGAGACAAAUCUAAAGACUUCUCGUCAAUCAUGCGGGAAUUACAAACGUUAUCGUUAUCGACCGCCGCAACUCAGCCAACUCCGCCAGCUACGCCUAAACCUCGUGUAAACGUAGACUUUAUCAUCACGUUCGCUGUAUCGAAAAGCGAAGUUUACGGUGUGUUUAGAUCGAAUGGCAAACUCUUAGAAAGCGUCGCCAAUAUACCCACACCAUCUACGCAACUUAAGACAGCGCCUGUUUUGAAUAAGAUAUACGCUAAGGAUUUCGAAGGCUUGUGGUGUCGAGCUCGUGUAAUAAGUGUGAAUCCGAUCAAGAUAUAUUUCAUCGAUUACGGUAAUUCGGAGGAGUGUACUAUUGAUCAACUAUUCGAAAUACCCGAAGAAUUACAGAAUAAUCCGCCUCCUUUGGCUGUGAAAAUGGUAUUGGAAAAAGAAAGUAAAGAGAUUCUCGAAUAUGGAGCAUUUGUUAGCGUAUCGUGGGAUCAGGAGAAUGAUACGUAUCUCUUAUUACGUGAUGCAGCCGAUUCCUCGGGUAUCCCCCCGGCCUCGAUCGUGAACGUCGUGUCCGCUUUAGGAGAUUCAAAUUACGCCGUGAUUUUAGAAGAGAAUCGUAACGUGUACAAGUAUAUCAAUCGGGAAAUUAACGCGAACGUUGAUCAAUUAAGAAAACCGAAAAAAAUCAACAUUAACGAUCUGUGUCUGGGCAUUUACGAAGAUCAAAAUUGGCAUCGCGCUAAAAUAAUAAACAAAUCACCCCUGACUAUUCAUUUUCUGGACUUUGGCGAUGAUAUGAAAUGUACUUUUGAUCAAAUCAAAGAAAUACCUGAAAGUGUAGCUAAGAUACCGCCAUUGGCGUUUAAAGUGAAAACCGAAGAAUUCGUUGUUUUGGAAGAAGGAAGCGAAGUAAAGAUCACGAUGAUCGAAGAGUUGGAACAUAAUUAUUGGAAAGUAGCCACUAUAAAGGAAAGAGAUCGUAGUCGGGUAGAAAUCAUCUCCGAUCCUAAACAUAUCGAAAAAUUCACCAAGAAAAAGGCGAAAGCGAGCAGUAGCAGUAGUAUUCCGACUACUUCUUCUCAAGAAGCUAUCGCAAUCGAUGAUGAUAUCGACGAUCGUCGUGUUAUGUUCAGAUCGAAAAAGGAACGCGAUGACAAAUCUAAGACGCAAACGAAUAUCCAAGAACCAUCCAAAGAAGAACCUCCGAAGAGCCAAAGUUCGGUGAAAUCGUUCGACGAGUCGAGUUUGGUGUUUACGAGACUAUCGAAUAUACCGAAAAACUACGCCAAAACUGUCACAACACUUUCUAACGGUGUUGAAAAUCUAUCGUUGAUUGAACCUAAACGUAAUUCUACGUUUUACGAUAUAAAUGUACCGAUAGCUAAUCAUUUGCUGGAUAUGCUUCGUGUCGACGAUAAGUGUGUGCUGAUCAUUCACGAAUCUCUUUCGGACCACGAGUACUCCGGAAUGGUGAUCUGUAAACGAUUAGAAGAAGUAGUCGAGUCACUCGAUGAAAUGGAGAAAUCGGCCGAAAACGCCGAACCCAUCUCAGCCAAGAUGGGCGAUUUGGUACUGACUCAUGUACCCGGAGUCAACUGCUGGCACCGCGCCUACGUUGUGUCCGAACCAACCAACGUAGACCAGUUCUACCUGUUGAUUCUCUUCGACGUGGGAAUGAUGUAUCGGUCGGACGAAGUGUACCGCUUAAACGACGAAUACCGCGAUGUGCCUCAAUUAUCAGUGAGGAUUAACAUCGUCAAUUUCGAGCCAACACCCGAUGAUGUUUCGCGAUUAGAGGUCUUACCGAAUGUUAGAUUACGUCAGGGAGACACCUAUCAACAUGAUAAGAGUAUCUAUCAGGCAGAAUUAAAGACUUUCGACGGCGAUUGUUUCGAAGGCGAACUGUCAUCGCAAUUCACCAAGAGUGUCAUAUCGCGUAAAAUGCAGCUUUCCAAGUGGCGUCCUACCCGCGAAGAAGUUGGCUUGAAGCAUGUUCCAGUGAUGAAUGGCGAUAUAGUGAAAGUCAGCUCGGUUUGUUCAACAAGCCAAUACUACGUUGUACCGACCGAAGACUCAAUUUUCGAGCAACGUAAUGAUUUCUUGAGCAGCGUUGUCGAUCACUGCAAAAAAAGUGAAUCCAUCAGUGGUGAUUUGAAGGUGAACGAUAUUGUCGGCGUUCCUUAUAUGCAGUCUUAUUAUAGAGCUCAGAUCAUUUUGAAGAUUAAAGAUUCCUAUAAGGUUCGCAUAUUGGAUACCGGAAACGAAGUAACCACCAUCAACUCGAAUUCUUUCAAACCGUUGCCCGACAACUUGAAAUUUGCUGAUUGCUACGCAGUCCUUGUCCAGCUGCAUAAUGUUCCGUGUACCGAUUUCAAUCAACAUGCCGAGUUAUUCCUUAAAUACAUCGUGACUCACGAGGUUCAAUUCACUUUGGAAAUCAACGAGUCCUCUCAACUGAUCGAAUUAAUCUGCAACGAUGAAAUCGAAAGAUGGAAUAUAAAAAAAGGAGACAAAAUGAACGAUCUUCUGAAUUUCGAACUCUUGCCAGGCUGGAAAAAACCAGACUUUGAUUUCGACGGUAAAUACUACAUGAACCAGUUGAAAUUCGAAGAAUGGGCUAUUGGAAGCGAGCUUUCGUUGUUUUUUACCGAGUAUUUGGGCGAUAAUGUCGGUAUGAUGAUAAAUCGAUACGGUGACACGUAUAGUAAAAUAACUCAAGUGAAUUUGAACGAACGACUCAGAGAAUACGCCGAAGAAAUGACAGAUUCUUACGUUCCUAUUAAAAAUGAACUUUGUAUCGCUAAAUAUGAAGAUAAUCUCUGGUGUAGAGCGGUUUGUACUCAUUCGGAACCUGGUAAAGAUCUAGAACUGCAGUUUAUCGAUAUCGGAUACCAAAAGGUGGUAUCUCAUUUAGAAAUACGUCGUAUGCUUCCGGAAUUCUUGAAGCAUCCGGCUGCGUCUAUGGUUUGCAAAAUAAUCAAUUACAAAGACUGCGAAAAAGUAGAGGGCUUGGUUGGCAGUGUUCUAAAAAAAUGCAUAGUAAUUGAUAGAUUCGAAGAAGGCGGAUAUUCUAUUCGUGUGAUUCAUUUGAGCAGGUAUACGUACACUGCGAAAAAAGAACCUGAAAUGAAUGCAGAGUAAAUUGAUCAGUUCGGAGUUGGCGGAUAUUCUGAUUUGCACGCGUCUUUACUGUUACAGUAGGUAAUAAUUUUUUUUUAAAUUGGAAAUGUAAUGUUUUGUUUUACUAUUAACUAUUUUUUUGAAUUUAAAUAUUAUGCUUUAUUUUGAAUUUGGACUACGUAUUUUGUUACUUGUAAUUUUUUUUGUUACGAUUUAUUAUAAAUAUAAGGUGACUUUUUGAGUUUUUUUCAAAA